AUGAGCCCAGAUGUGUACGCACCGCGGCAUGAUAUCCAACCAGCGAUAGUAGCUGGUCCUUUCCAGGAUUCAGUCCUCAUGCAAUGGAUGAAUCAUGUUGAUGUACGACAGGCGAUUUAUCCAACAGACGAUUUAAUGGCCAAAGCCAUCCAAUUGAAAACUCUGCUUGGACAUUUGCGGCCGGAUCGGAGAUCCAGUGAUGUUUCUCUGCAUUUCAAGUCGUUUUCACAGGGGGACUGGUAUCGAUAUGCUGGCCGUCGGCCCAUGACGAACUCAACUUUCAAGACGCCCGGCUGGCAACGCGCUGCGCGUCGUGAGGCUGUGUGGAAUGAGUACGUCGAGUUUCUCGCAAGACCAGAUCUCGGACAAUCUCCUGAAGUUGUAGUGUGGGAUGCGAAACGACAUGAGCCGUUUGAAGAUUUAGCGAGGGGGAUUGGAGGGAAGCUAAAUAAUCCGGACUUUGUUCACUUGUAG